AUGAUAAAAUACGCUAAAAUACACUUUUACUCCACCAGGGAAAGGACACAUGGCCUAACCCACAAAAAAGCGACAGAUAUCCUACUUCUCAGUAAAGCGACAGAUAUCCUACUUCUCAGUAAAGCGACAGAUAUCCUACUUCUCAGUAAAGCGACAGAUAUCCUACUUCUCAGUAAAGCGACAGAUAUCCUACUUCCCAGUAAAGUGACAGAUAUCCUACUUCCCAGUAAAGCGACAGAUAUCCUACUUCCCAGUAAAGCGACAGAUAUCCUACUUCCCAGUAAAGCGACAGAUAUCCUACUUCCCAGUAAAGCGACAGAUAUCCUACUUCCCAGUAAAGCGACAGAUAUCCUACUUCCCAGUAAAGCGACAGAUAUCCUACUUCCCAGUAAAGCGACAGCUAUCCUACUUCCCAGUAAAGCGACAGCUAUCCUACUUCCCAGUAAAGCGACAGCUAUCCUACUUCCCAGUAAAGCGACAGCUAUCCUACUUCCCAGUAAAGCGACCGCUAUCCUACUUCCCAGUAAAGCGACAGCUAUCCUACUUCCCAGUAAAGCGACAGCUAUCCUACUUCCCAGUAAAGCGACAGCUAUCCUACUUCCCAGUAAAGCGACAGCUAUCCUACUUCCCAGUAAAGCGACAGCUAUCCUACUUCCCAGUAAAGCGACAGCUAUCCUACUUCCCAGUAAAGCGACAGCUAUCCUACUUCCCAGUAAAGCGACAGCUAUCCUACUUCCCAGUAAAGCGACAGCUAUCCUACUUCCCAGUAAAGCGACAGCUAUCCUACUUCCCAGUAAAGCGACAGCUAUCCUACUUCCCAGUAAAGCGACAGCUAUCCUACUUCCCAGUAAAGCGACAGCUAUCCUACUUCCCAGUAAAGCGACAGCUAUCCUACUUCCCAGUAAAGCGACAGCUAUCCUACUUCCCAGUAAAGCGACAGCUAUCCUACUUCCCAGUAAAGCGACAGCUAUCCUACUUCCCAGUAAAGCGACAGCUAUCCUACUUCCCAGUAAAGCGACAGCUAUCCUACUUCCCAGUAAAGCGACAGCUAUCCUACUUCCCAGUAAAGCGACAGCUAUCCUACUUCCCAGUAAAGCGACAGCUAUCCUACUUCCCAGUAAAGCGACAGCUAUCCUACUUCCCAGUAAAGCGACAGAUAUCCUACUUCCCAGUAAAGCGACAGAUAUCCUACUUCCCAGUAAAGGGACAUAUGUCCUACCCUGUUUUUGUGGGUUAUAG